GGCGGAACAUGGCGGCCGAGGCCGGGGCGCGCCGGAGCGCGCGGGGACGGCCGGAGCCCGGGGAGCUGUAGCGGCGCCGCCGCCGUCUCCGUGGGGACGAGGGGGCCGCCAUGGCCCGCUGGAUCCCGACCAAGAGGCAGAAGUACGGGGUUGCGAUCUACAACUACAAUGCUUCUCAGGAUGUGGAGCUCUCCCUGCAGAUCGGCGACACGGUCCACAUUCUGGAGAUGUACGAGGGUUGGUACAGAGGAUAUACUCUCCAGAAUAAAUCUAAAAAGGGCAUUUUCCCUGAAACGUACAUCCAUUUGAAGGAGGCCACUGUGGAAGACCGGGGGCAGCACGAGACCGUGAUUCCCGGGGAGCUGCCGCUGGUGCAGGAGCUCACGUGCACUCUGCGAGAAUGGGCCGUCAUCUGGCGCAAGCUCUAUGUGAACAACAAGGUCACGCUCUUCCGCCAGCUGCAGCAGAUGACGUACAGCCUGAUUGAGUGGCGCUCCCAGAUCCUCUCCGGGACACUGCCCAAGGAUGAACUGGCGGAGCUGAAGAAGAAAGUCACCGCCAAAAUCGAUCAUGGGAACAGAAUGCUUGGGCUGGAUCUGGUGGUGCGAGAUGACAACGGAAACAUCCUGGACCCGGAUGAAACCAGCACCAUCGCUCUCUUCAAAGCCCACGAAGUGGCCUCCAAACGGAUCGAGGAGAAGAUCCAAGAAGAAAAGUCCAUCCUGCAGAGCCUGGGCCUGCGGGGCCAGGCCAACUUCAGCACGGUCCACACCUACGGCCUGUAUGUGAACUUCAAGAACUUCGUGUGCAACAUCGGAGAGGAUGCCGAGCUACUCAUGGCCCUCUACGACCCAGACCGGUCCACCUUCAUCAGUGAGAACUAUUUGAUUCGCUGGGGCAGUAAUGGCAUGCCCAAAGAGAUAGAGAAGCUCAAUAACCUCCAGGCAGUGUUCACGGACCUCAGCAGCACGGACCUCAUCCGGCCUCGCAUCAGCCUCGUGUGCCAGAUUGUCCGCGUGGGCCGCAUGGAGCUGAAGGAGGGCAAGAAGCACACCUGCGGCCUGCGGAGGCCUUUCGGAGUAGCAGUGAUGGACGUGACUGACAUCGUGCGCGGGAAGGUGGACGAUGAGGAGAAGCAGCACUUCAUCCCCUUCCAGCAAAUUGCCAUGGAAACCUACAUCCGGCAGAGGCAGCUCAUCAUGUCACCCCUGAUGACGUCCAGCGUCAUCGGCGAGAACGAGCCCCUCACCUCCGUCCUGAAUAAAGUGAUAGCGGCCAAGGAGGUCAAUCAUAAGGGACAAGGACUUUGGGUGUCCUUGAAGCUGCUGCCUGGUGACCUCGCUCAAGUGCAGAAGAACUUUUCUCACUUGGUGGAUAGAUCGACAGCCAUAGCCCGGAAGAUGGGCUUUCCAGAAAUCAUACUGCCAGGAGAUGUCCGGAACGACAUUUAUAUCACUCUGAUCCACGGGGAGUUUGACAAAGGGAAGAAGAAGACACCCAAAAAUGUGGAGGUGACCAUGUCUGUGUUUGACGAGGAGGGCAACCUCCUGGAGAAAGCGAUCUUCCCGGGCGCGGGGUACGAGGGCAUCUCGGAGUACAAGUCGGUCGUGUACUACCAGGUCAAGCAGCCCUGCUGGUACGAGACAGUCAAGGUGUACAUCCCCAUCGACGACGUCACCCGCUGCCACAUCCGGUUUACCUUCCGACACAGAUCAUCGCAGGAGUCCAGAGAUAAGUCAGAGCGAGCUUUUGGGGUGUCCUUCGUGAAGCUGAUGAACCCGGAUGGCACCACCGUGCAGGACGGGAGGCACGACCUGGUGGUGUACAGGGGUGACAACAAGAAAAUGGACGAUGCCAAAUUCUAUCUGACACUGCCUGGGACCAAGGCGGAGAUGGAAGAAAAGGAACUGCAGGCAUCUAGCAAGGACAGCACGAAGGACAGCUUCCAGAUCGCCACACUCAUCUGCUCCACAAAGCUCACCCAGAACGUUGACCUGUUAGGCCUGUUAAAUUGGCGUUCCAAUGCCCAGAACAUCGAGCACAACCUCAAGAAGCUCAUGGAGGUGGAUGGAGGGGAGAUUGUUAAGUUCUUGCAAGAUACGCUGGAUGCACUUUUUAACAUCAUGAUGGAAAUGUCGGACAACGAAACGUACGACUCCCUUGUGUUUGACGCACUGGUGUUUAUUAUUUCACUGAUAGGAGACAUCAAGUUCCAGCAUUUUAAUCCUGUCCUCGAAACCUACAUUUACAAGCACUUCAGUGCCACCUUGGCAUACGUAAAACUCUCCAAGGUCCUGAACUUCUACGUGGCGAACGCAGAUGACUCCAGCAAGACAGACUUGCUCUUUGCGGCUCUGAAAGCCUUGAAGUACUUGUUCAGGUUCAUCAUCCAGUCCCGCGUGCUCUACCUGAGAUUCUAUGGCCAGAGCGAAGAUGGAGAUGAGUUUAAUGACUCAAUCCGCCAGUUAUUCCUGGCUUUCAAUAUGCUGAUGGACAGACCUCUGGAGGAAGCCGUCAAGAUCAAGGGGGCAGCUCUGAAGUACCUCCCUAGCAUCAUUAACGACGUCAAGCUGGUGUUCGAUCCUGUGGAGCUCAGCGUGCUCUUCUGCAAGUUCAUCCAGAGCAUUCCUGACAACCAGCUGGUCCGGCAGAAACUCAACUGCAUGUCCAAGGUGGUGGAGAGCAACCUGUUCCAGCAGUCAGAGUGCCGGGAAGUGCUGCUGCCGCUGCUGACGGACCAGCUCAGCGGCCAGCUGGAUGACCACUCAAGCAAGCCGGACCACGAGGCCAGCUGUCAGCUUCUCAGCAGCAUCCUGGAGGUGCUGGACAGGAAAGACGUGGGCCCCACGGCGACGCACAUACAGCUGAUCAUGGAGCGGCUGCUGCGGAGGAUCAACCGGACGGUGAUCGGGAUGAACCGGCAGUCUCCCCACAUUGGCAGCUUUGUGGCUUGCAUGAUCACCAUCCUACAGCAGAUGGAUGACAGCCACUACAGCCACUACAUCAGAACCUUCAAGACUCCACACGACAUCAUCGACUUCCUCAUGGAGACUUUCAUCAUGUUUAAGGACCUGAUCGGCAAGAACGUCUACGCCAAGGACUGGAUGGUCAUGAACAUGACACAGAACAGGGUGUUUCUUCGCGCGAUCAAUCAGUUUUCUGAAGUUCUCACGAGACGCUUCAUGGAUCAGGCGAGCUUUGAACUUCAGCUCUGGAACAACUACUUCCACUUGGCCGUAGCCUUUCUUACCCAUGAGUCCUUGCAGCUUGAGACCUUCUCACAAGCCAAACGCAGCAAAAUUGUAAAAAAAUAUGGGGACAUGAGAAAGGAGAUCGGCUUUAGGAUCCGGGACAUGUGGUACAACCUGGGACCCCACAAAAUCAAAUUCAUCCCAUCCAUGGUGGGGCCCAUUCUGGAGGUCACUCUGACCCCCGAAGUGGAGCUCCGCAAAGCCACCAUCCCCAUUUUCUUUGAUAUGAUGCAGUGUGAGUUCAAUUUCAGUGGAAAUGGCAAUUUCCAUAUGUUCGAGAACGAACUGAUCACGAAGCUGGACCAGGAGGUAGAAGGGGGUCGUGGAGAUGAACAGUAUAAGGUUCUUCUGGAAAAACUGCUCCUGGAGCAUUGCAGAAAGCACAAGUACCUGUCCAGCUCUGGCGAAGUCUUCGCCCUCCUGGUCAGCAGCCUGUUGGAGAAUCUGUUGGACUACAGAACCAUCCUCAUUCAUGAUGAGAGCAAGGAGCACCGCAUGAGUUGCACCGUCAAUGUGCUGAAUUUCUAUAAAGAGAAGAAGCGGGAAGACAUUUAUAUAAGAUACCUGUACAAGCUCCGAGACUUGCACCGAGACUGUGAGAGCUACACGGAGGCCGCCUGCACCCUCCUCUUACACGCCGAGCUUCUGCAGUGGUCUGACAAGCCCUGCAUGCCUUACCUGCUCCAGAGGGACACUUACUAUGUGGGUACCCAGCAAGAGCUGAAAGAGAAACUCUACCAAGAAAUCAUAUCUUACUUUGACAAAGGCAAGAUGUGGGAGAAAGCCAUCAAGCUGAGCAAAGAACUGGCGGAGACCUACGAGAGCAAGGUGUUCGACUACGAGGGUCUGGGCAGCCUCCUGAAAAAGCGAGCUUCGUUUUAUGAGAACAUCAUCAAGGCCAUGCGGCCGCAGCCGGAGUACUUCGCCGUGGGCUACUAUGGGCUGGGCUUCCCCGCCUUCCUGCGGAAUAAAAUCUUCAUCUACCGGGGGAAGGAGUAUGAGAGGCGAGAAGACUUCAGUCUGAGGCUGCUCACCCAGUUCCCCAAUGCCGAGAAGAUGAGCAGUACCACACCCCCUGGCGAUGACAUCAAGUCCUCCCCUAAGCAGUACAUGCAGUGUUUUACCGUGAAGCCAGUCAUGAGCCUGCCACCCAGCCUCAAGGACAAACCAGUUCCAGAGCAGAUCUUAAACUACUACCGCGCCAAUGAAGUGCAGCAGUUCAGCUACUCCCGGCCCUUCCGGAAGGGGGAAAAAGACCCUGACAAUGAGUUUGCUACCAUGUGGAUUGAGCGGACCACGUACACCACGGCCUAUAGCUUUCCUGGGAUUCUCAAGUGGUUCGAAGUCAAGCAGAUCUCAACGGAGGAAAUCAGCCCCUUGGAGAAUGCCAUAGAAACCAUGGAGCUGACCAACGAGCGGAUCAGCAACUGUGUGCAGCAGCACACGUGGGACCGGUCACUCUCCGUGCACCCGCUGUCCAUGCUGCUCAGUGGCAUUGUGGACCCCGCCGUCAUGGGGGGGUUCUCCAACUACGAGAAGGCCUUUUUCACAGAAAAGUACUUACAGGCGCAUCCUGAAGACCAGGAGAAGGUGGAGCUGCUCAAGAGACUCAUAGCAUUACAGAUGCCCCUGCUCACCGAGGGAAUCCGCAUCCAUGGGGAGAAGCUGACGGAGCAGCUCAAGCCGCUGCACGACCGCUUGUCCUCCUGCUUCCGGGAACUCAAGGAGAAAGUAGAGAAGCUCUACGGGGUCAUCACACUGCCAUCCAACCUGACGGGGAGGAAGCAAAGCCGCACGGGCUCCCUCGUGCUGCCCUACAUCAUGCCCUCCACUCUGCGGAGGCUGUCUGUCACCUCCAUGGCCUCCUCCGUGGCCUCCACCUCCUCCAACUCCUCGGAAAACACUUCUUCCAGGCCAGGAUCUGAUGGGUCAAUCCUGGAGCCCCUUUUUGAGCGCAGGGCCUCGUCAGGUGCCAGAGUUGAAGAUGUCGCCCUCAGAGAGGACGGUGAGAACCGAAUCAGCAGGUUCAAGAGAAAAGACUGGAAUCUGAGCAAGUCUCAGGUCAUUGCAGAGAAAGCUCCAGAGCCGGAACUGAUGAGUCCAGCCAGAAAAGUACCGAGGCCCAAGAGUCUCCAGCUGGUAGACAGUCGGCUGACACCCUUUCCUAGCUGCUCUCCUCCUCCUCCCUCCACGCCCUUGAGUCCACCUCCGCUCACGCCCAAAGCUACCAGGACCCUAAGUUCCCCAUCCUUGCAGACAGAAAGACUGGUGACUUCUGCGCCCCCUCCACCUCCCCCCAAAAGCAAGCCCUAUGAGAACAGCCAGAGGAACUCUGCUGAGAUCGCACCCCCACUGCCUGUCCGCAGAGAAGCCAGAGCCCCACCCCCACCCCCUCCCAAAGCAAGGAAAUCCGGCCUGGGGCCUUCGGAGCCGGGAGCGCAGUGAGGACCUGUCCGUCCACAUUUCUGCACCUCCAGUGCCUUGGACACACUGCCAGACAGCCGGUCUCGGGAGAGUGGCUGCUUAGAGGGCCAGGACACUGCUCAGCAGGUCACAACCACUUUUGUUCUUUCAAAAGCUGCAGUAGAGGCUUGGGGCCGUGCUCCUGGCCUCCAGUAUACCUGGGAUUCCAGAGCUGCCCAUGCGUGCAUGCUCGCCAGGCCAGCUCAUCUUCACCGUGAUUCCACUGCAGAAGUGGAGGCUGGUUAGUGCAGUGAGGGGAGCACAGCUCAGGAGCCAACUUCCGGAUGGAGUCUGAGUUUGGCUGCAGAAGAAUAAGGCUGGAUCUGCUUCCUCUUCUCCCACGCACAGCCCUGUGCCACGCACGCAGUGUGGUAGAAGUGGCUGGCCUCAGGCGCACUCUGGGAGCCGACAGCUGCUGUGUCUGCAGUGCCCACCGCUUGCAGGUGUGAUCCACACUCCACGUGAACGGUGUUGCUCCUGACCAGAGAUUCCUUCGAAGCUCUUUUGCACACAGACUUUCUGCUCCUCUUCCCGCCCUGGGGCUCACAUCCCUGGCUGGAUGGGACCACAGUGCCCGGUUCUCCAGCUCUGUUCCAUCAUCUUUGCAAUGACGCAGCAGCCCGAGUCUGCUGCCUGAUCUCACCCUGGAGAAUGCAGUGUUUCCUUUUGAUUAUUUAUUCUUCUUGAUCAUGGAGUUAAUUUGAUUACUAAUGGUACUAAUGUCAGUGGGCCUGUCAGAAUGAUAACUUGAGUGAUUUGGAGGACCAAAUAGAAUACACAUACCAAAACCCCAGGGAGCUUAAAGGCCACAUAGAAGACUCCUUGUAAAAAGAAGUCGAAGCUGAACACGAGAAGUGGUGCUCUUGUAUCUUACUAAUAACUAGCUUGCUAGCUGUCCCCUGAUGACACAUCCACCUGGAAGAAAUCUCUGAUAAGGUCUUUAAUACCUAGCCCUAUUGGACAGGGUUUGAAAUGUCCCAGUUAUUUUGGUAGUGUUUCGAUGUUGGUGGCAAGCUCAGGCUGGAGGUAGGGGAGAAGAUGCUAAAGGGUCUCCCCCAAGACCUCUCCCAAAGUCCUUUCCCCCCAUAUCCGAGAGUACAGAGAGAGAUUUCAGAUGAUGAGGACCAGCAUUGGGCUGCCAGCCUCUUAGUUCGUGUGCAUCAUCAGCCGCCGUGUUCAUCGCAAGGACCAACAAAACCAAAGCCUGUGAGACAAGCCCCACCACCACUCCAGAAUGUAGCGUACACAUUCUAGAAGAGUUAUGGAAAUGCUUAUUCUUUGCCCUCAGGAGAGCCUCCAAUGUGAUUAUGAAAAAACAACAACAAAACAUGGGCUUUCAAUUUUUAAACCCACUUAUCUCAAAUUCCAGUGUUUGGCAGACUCCUGCAGAGCACCGGAGUCCUCUGAGCAUUCGCUCUGUCGCUCUGCAAAGCGUGGAUGGUCCUGCCGCACAGGAUCCUGGGAGGCUCGCAGGACUUGCGAGUUGGGCCUCUCUUCUCUCUGAGAGGCCUAGGUAUGGUGUAGAAUACCCUAAGGACAUUAUUGAUACUAUUUCUUUUUAUUCGACAUAAUGAGGAGUGUGUGUGCAGAUUAGUUCUGUACCUACAGCCCUUCUCCAAAACAGGGCAUUGGGGGGCACGUCUUACAUGGUAAUUUAUGAGGAGAGAAAAUGUUAAUAAGGUUGGGAGUGGAUCUUAAAGGGAAAGCACUAAGGCCUGCAGAGCAAAAUGGAGGCAACAGAGGCAGAUGGGAGACCCUGGUGUUCUCUGAGCAGAUCUGCCAGUGCCCAGAUGAAUUCUUUUAUGAUUCCCUCUCCAAAUUACUGGGGGCGGGGGG